UGGCAAGUGAUACUGUUUCUUCGACCUCUGUGCGAUGUGGCAACUUCUGGAGGAGGAAAUGGCGCCCGUCAGGUGCAGCAGGGUGUACAGAGUCCGACCAGUCAAGUACCCUCGAAGUUGACACGUAAGCCAUCAAACUGCCCCUCACCGCACCGGACUCGGCGGGCACAGAAACAUGUUUUUGAGCAGAGAGAAAGCAGGUCUGUGUGGGAUACUGAAGACAUAGCUGGAACAGCAGACUCUGACAUUUGGGAACAUUUGCUGGUACUGUAGACACCUUGCAGUGGAAUGGCCAAAGAGCAGAAACAAAGCUGGGCAGAGACAUUUGUUCUGGCUGGAUCAAAUGGUCACAAUGGCCAGCAAUGGCAGACUGGUAUGAAUAACUCGGUCAGUCACCCUCCAGGUGCGAACCACAUGUCGACGAUGGCCCGUGUUGCCUCAGAUGUCAGGCAUAAGUGUGCAGCAUAUGUGCUAGCGCUGAGACCGUGGAGUUUCAGUGCUUCGCUCACACCGGUGGCCCUCGGCAGCGCCUUGGCGUAUAAACUGGAGGGCUCUGUGGACUUGGUCAUCCUGAUGGUGUGCGCGGUGGCCGUCCUCGUAGUUCAUGGGGCAGGCAACCUUGUAAACACCUAUUAUGACUUCUCCAAAGGAAUUGACCACAAGAAGAGUGAUGAUAGAACUCUUGUGGAUGAAAUAUUGGCACCGCAGGAUGUUGUCAUGUUUGGAGCAUUGUUAUAUUCUUUGGGGUGCUUGUGUGCCACUCUGCUCUACUUCCUGUCUACACUUAGGCUGGAGCACCUAGCCCUUAUUUACUUUGGGGGACUCUCCAGCUCUUUUUUAUACACUGGAGGCAUCGGCCUCAAGUACGUAGCCCUGGGAGACGUGGUAAUCCUCAUCACCUUCGGCCCUCUGGCAGUCAUGUUUGCCCACGCCGUGCAGGUUGGCUACCUGUCAGUGCUGCCGCUGGUGUACGCCAUCCCACUGGCCCUCAACACGGAAGCCAUCCUCCACAGCAACAACACCAGAGACAUGGACUCUGACAAGCAGGCAGGCAUCGUCACCCUGGCCAUCCUCAUAGGCCCCACGCUCUCCUAUGUCCUCUACAACCUGCUGCUCUUUGUCCCCUAUGUGCUUUUCUGCAUCCUCGCCACCCGUUACACCAUCAGCAUGGCGCUGCCUCUGCUCACGCUGCCCAUGGCCUUCCCCUUGGAAAGGCAGUUCCGCAGCCGAUGCUACGCCAAGAUCCCCCAGAAGACAGCCAAGCUCAACCUCCUCAUGGGACUUUUCUACGUCUUUGGGAUCAUUCUGGCACCUCCUGGCAGCUUGCCGUCACUGUGAUUCAUUAGCUUUGAUAUUUCAAAUUUGGUUGUUUUAACACAGACUAGUUUAUGUACUUCCUUGUAUUUGUAGGACGCUAUCUGAGGACUUUGACUUUGGUUUUAAUUUAUUUUUUAAUUUAUAUGUUGAACAGAGAUUUAGUUUAGGUCUUGCCCUGUGACACUUAAAAGCAUAACCAGAUGUAUUUUUUUUAAGUAUUAAGCCCACUGUAAUGUGUUGGUAAAAAAAGUAAGAAGUGUUGGUGUCAUUUUGUAGAGGUGGGCAACAUUUUGAUUAUGUAAGGACAGACGAUGAACCUACAGUUGCCAUAUUUCAAGUUCAAGACACAACAUGUAGCAUUGAUACCUAAAAACAUCAAUAAACCAUUAUUCUCAACAUUGUGCUCUCUCUAUGGAACAUACUGUUAAUUUAUUCAUUGUGAUUUUCUUCUGGAGAGCCAAAUAGCAUUUCACGGAUUGUAAUAAAACUCACUGAUACUGAU